GUACAAGUGACCCGUAUGUGAAGUUUAAACUGAACGGGAAAACGCUAUACAAAAGUAAGGUAGUCUACAAGAACCUUAACCCAGUUUGGGAUGAAACUGUUGUGCUGCCUGUACAGACCCUUGAUCAAAAACUCUGGAUCAAGGUGUAUGAUCGAGAUUUAACCUCUUCAGACUUCAUGGGUUCGGCAUUUGUAGCACUCACUGAACUUGAACUCAAUAGAACUACUGAACAGGUUUUAAAACUGGAAGAUCCCAAUAGUUUAGAAGAUGACAUGGGAGUGAUUGUGUUAAACUUGAGUCUAGCAGUCAAGCAAGGAGACUUCAAGAGAAAUAGAUGGUCAAGUCGAAAGAAGCGGACUUCUUCCAAGUCGAGUUUCAUGCGGAGCGUGCGACUCUCCGACUCUUUGCGCGAGAAGCAGUUGUGGAAUGGGCUGGUCACCAUCACGCUCUUGGAGGGGAAGAACAUCUCCGGAGGGGGCUUGGCAGAGAUUUUUAUUCUUCUCAAACUGGGAGAUCAAAGAUACAAGAGUAAGACACUGUGUAAGAGUGCAAAUCCUCAGUGGAGGGAACAGUUUGAUUUUCACUACUUCUCUGACAGGAAGGAUAUGUUGGACAUUGAGGUCUGGAGAAAGGAUAACAAAAAGCACGAGGAGCUUUUGGGAAUGUGCCAAGUUGACGUUACUGCCUUACCGACGAAGCAGACCCAUUGCUUAGAGCUGCCUCUGGAAAAACACCCGGGGUCCCUGCUAAUGUUGAUUGCUGUUGCCCCAUGUACAGGAGUGUCUAUCUCUGAUCUGUGUGUCUGCCCUUUGGGAGACCCCAGUGAAAGGCAACGGAUUUCACAGCGCUAUUGUAUAAAGAAUUCCUUUCGAGACAUAAAGGACAUUGGCUUUUUACAAGUCAAAGUUUUGAAGGCAGUGGACCUAUUGGCAGCAGAUUUUGCAGGUAAAAGUGAUCCUUUCUGUGUAUUAGAGCUGGGAAAUGACAGUCUUCAAACACACACUGUUUACAAGAACCUCAAUCCAGAGUGGAAUAAAGUUUUCACAUUCCCUAUUAAAGAUAUUCAUGAUGUUCUGGAAGUGACAGUGUUUGAUGAAGAUGGAGAUAAACCCCCUGAUUUUCUUGGAAAAGUUGCCAUCCCUUUGCUGUCUAUUAGAAACGGUAAACAAAGUUGUUACACGCUGAAGAAUAAAGACUUGGAACGUGCUUCAAAAGGAGUAAUUUACUUGGAGCUGGAUGUCCUAUUUAAUCCUGUAAAAGCAAGUAUUAGGACAUUCAAGCCCCGAGAAAAGCGCUUCACUGAGGAGAACCGCAAAUUUUCUAAAAAGAUCUUAUCAAGAAAUGUUGAUCGCGUGAAAAAAAUCACCAUGGCAAUAUGGAAUACAAUACAAUUCCUUCGGAGCUGCUUUCUCUGGGAGUCCACAGUAAAGAGCGUGAUAGCAUUUGUGGUAUUUGUGGUCACCGUCUGGAGCGUGGAGCUGUACAUGGUGCCCCUGGCUCUCCUGGUGCUCUUUGCAUACAACUUCUCCCUCGUCAAAACAGGGAAGGUCAACAACACCCAAGAUGCCCAGGAGCUUAUGGGCUUGGAUGAAGAUGAGGAUGAAGACGAUAAGGAAUCUGAGAAAAAGGGGUUGAUUGACCGAAUUCACAUGGUCCAAGAGAUCAUCAUAGCUGUUCAAAGCAUCCUAGAAGAAAUAGCAUCAUUUGGAGAGAGGAUUAAAAACACGUUCAACUGGACAGUGCCUUUCCUCUCUGUCCUGGCCUGCUUGGUCCUGGCAGCAGCAACGGUUGUUUUGUAUUUUAUACCACUGAGGUACAUUGUUUUAAUCUGGGGCAUAAAUAAAUUUACUAAGAAGCUUAGAAAUCCCUAUGCCAUCGACAAUAAUGAGCUACUGGAUUUCCUCUCCAGGGUACCAUCUGAUGUUCAAAAGGUGCAGCAUGCUGAAUUGAAACCAUACAGCAGCUCCAGUCCCGUUAGGAAGAAGCGGAGUGCGCUAUAG